AUGAGUCGAAAGAAACAUGAGGCAUCACAUAACCCUCCUGUAAUAGCAGAAGAACCUGCAAUCUCUGUAAGCCCAUGCAAACCACCACCUCCAUCUGGAGAAUCAAAAGAACCAGAUGAUGCAUACAACUACAACUGUGCUCUUCUUGCUGAUAGUUAUUUGUUUUUCAAUUUCCUUGAUGCCAUCAAAGAGGGUGAUGGGGCACGGCUAAUGAGACAGUACAAGUAUUUUAUGCUUUUUUGCAAAGCAGACGGAUGCCAUAGCACGAAAUAUGCGCUAGAAUGCCUUUAUCAGUUCUUUCUCAUCCAUGGAGAGUUGUCACAGAGAGACAGUGAGCGAUUCAUUUGGAACAGGUCAAUCAACAAUCAUGGAAAGAAAGGUUACAACAUCCCACUCGAUGAAGCAACUGAGCAUAGUAAUAACUUUGUAAAGCAAGGUAUUAAAAAUCUUGGCCCAAACAUCAGCGAGGCAGCUGUUGCACGCAUAUGCAAAUGUGAAAGCGCUACAAGAUCAAUUCUUGACAAUUUGGAUGAGUCCAUAUCACGACAUAAGCAUAGCGGUAAACACUCCAAGCAAUCUUCUUCCAUGGAUCUACAAGAAUUGGUAACAAAGGCAUCCAACUUUAAUAUAUUUAAAGAACAACCAGGCAGAAAGUAUCAUCAUUUUAAAAACUUUCAGGUUGAUCGCCUGAGUGAUCUUGAUUCAACUGACUUGUAUAGUUGGAUCAGCAAACACAAAAAGAAUGUUGCUCUUGGUGUAAAGGCGAG